UUUGGAAACCCUCGAAAGACUAGACUCUUAUCUUAUAUGCUCACACCGUAAAUCCAGCGCGUCACGACAGGUCACGACGCGUUGCCAACAAAUCAUAACGCGUCUUCAUUUAUCAAUAGCUCGGCACCUUGCCAUCUUGCCAUAUGAUGCAUGACAACCGCACUGCGACCUUGAGAAAAGCAGGAACUGGUAAAAUAGCUUGCCGGAAUUUCACUUACAUACUUCCACAUCUUUCUUUCGUUCUCUCCGCUCCUGCAGGUCAAGGAGUACACUUGCUCAGACCAUUUUCGACUUUCUUGGCGAUUCGUCUCUUUGUUCAAACUCGUUCAAACAUCUACGAAAUAUCAUGACACGAAGAAACGCGCGUCCGGCUCUUAAGCUGCGCACCUCAUACGAAAAAAAUGCAAACACAUUCGGACUGCCUUCACCAGAUAGCUUAGCGUCAUCGAUACCCGCAACAUGCUCUCCUGUGACUCCAGAAGAUGCUGAGACGUUUGUGUUCAGUUCGAAGGAAAGUGCCGAGACCGUCGCACUGGACGACGUGUUUACGGGGGGAAGAAGCUACUUUCAGAAGACGCAUUAUCGCGAAGAUCGCACCUAUCUUCCCCCGCUUUCUGAGGUAUCAGAUCAGGACAGUGCAUGUGUUGUAUACACGUCCCAGUUACGACCCGUAACCAAUCCAACGCCUCAAUCAACUCUGACAUUCGCUGCUAUUUGGGAUCCAGAUCAUGGCAUGUCAACAUUUUCUGGAAAACAGCUCAUUGGGCAGGAAUAUUCCUCUCAAGACGAGAGAGGACAGGAUGGCAAGUCAAACUGGGUUCAAGAAGGGAACUACAAUACAUGUCUCUCUACUUCUCACUAUCAUAAUUCUGAACACCCCGACUGCGAACCCCACUUGCCUUCGCGCUUCUCUACCACUACUACUUCGACGUCGAACUAUAUCGAAGUGGACUUGGGAGAGGAAGAUCAAAUCAAUCUAUCUUCGAAACCCUUGCAGGAUGAUUUGCUUCCAGGGGACUCUCAUCCUGCAUGGAUACCCCAAAUUUUCACUGUAGGAUUCACCAAGCCGUCAUCCUAUGGCCCAGGCCGACCCGAAAUUUCAGAACCAUUUCAACUUACUCCCAUGCGACCUCCAGAGUUGAAAAGCCACACCUUACCCUCACACUUUUCAUUGACUUCGAAAUCCUCUUCACUGCUUACUCGAUCGCGGUUACACAUGUCCUCUUCCGUCGCUGCUGCUAAUCCAACAUCCUCGUCAACUCCCUCCAGAGAGGACAUGAGCGGGACUCAAUUGUCACCAACGGCAUCUGUGCGACGCGGUUUCAGCUUUGGAUCUGGCCAUAUCCAACGGAACGAUCAUUCCCCGCCUUUCAGCUCGACACAUUCUAGGAACGCUGAAGAGAGUUCGGAAAGUUCUGCACUUGGAAGCGUCAUUUCUCGUCCACAGACUCCCACCCGUCGCCCAAGCAUCACUUCUGUUUUUGGGAAGUUGAAGAGUCCAAGGAAAGGACAGUCAGAACCUUGGGUAAUGGUUGAUGUGGAAGUCACGCCUAUGAUACACCAACGCUUGGUUACUGAAUACUGAGCCUUGAAACUCCUGGGGAGCUGCGCGCGGACGCAUGAAGUCGCUGAAAGUAGGCAUUCUAUUUCUUGGGAUUAUCAUCUUUCCCUAAGUUGCUGGAGAGUAAUACUGU